GCCGGCCGGGCCUGGGGAGGGAGCCCGGGCCCGGAACGCGAGCGCAGGGCCCGGGGCCGGGGAGCGGCUGCGCGGCCGGACCCGCCGCUCCCGGGUAACCGCGGCCGGCCCCGGCCAUGAGGCUGCUCCGCGGCGGGCUCCGCUUCCUGCUCCGGCCCGGCGGCUGCCCCGGGCCCGCGGGCCCCGCCGCCUACACGCAGGGCCAGAGCCCCUCGCCCCGCGCCCGGGAGUAUUUCUACUACGUCGACCACCAGGGCCAGCUUUUCCUGGACGAUGCCAAAGUGAAGAACUUCAUCACCUGUUUUAAAGAUAAGAAGUUCCUCGCCUUCUUCUUCAAACAACUGCAGCUGAACCGGAGUGGGCGCUACCAGGACGCCUUCCCCUACCUCUCCCCCUGCGGCCGAGAGCACAACUUCGUGCGCUGCGACGACCGCCCCAUCGUCUUCACCCACCUGCUGCGGGGCCAGGCGGGCGAGGAGCUGCUCUCCUACUGCGGUGGCGGAGACAGGCUGGUGGUCAGCUUCGAGCCGGAGAAGCUAGUGAUGUUCCCCGAGAACGGGCGUGUCUACCACCCGGCCCCGCAGAAAGCCGGCGGCGUGGGGCUGGUGAAAUCAGCCCUGGCCUUCGAGCUGAGCCCCUGCUUUGAGUACAGCCGGGGUGCCGGCGGGCCCCCCACCCACUUCCACUGGCAGGGCAAGCGCUGCACCCUCACCAACGAGCUGGUUCAGCUGAUCCGCUCGAGCAGCAGUGCCUGAGCCAGGGCGUCGCCCGUGAGGCUGACUGGCCCAGAGCUUGGCCCUCUGCAGCUAUGCUGGGUGCUUCCCAACAGCCUGAGGACAGCACCUCCCUGGCGCUCACUGGAGCAGGUCGCACCCAGCCCCCUCUCUGCAGCCCACCCCUGGCUGCCCUGCCAUACGUAGGCCACCUUGGGCCAAGCAGCCCUGGGGUUGGCUGCUUGCAGGGCCUCCAUGGGCCUCUUCUCCAACCGGGGUGUGGGUGCCCUCGAACCCCAUGGGCUGCACGUAAGGCUCUAGGUUGGGCUGGGCGGCCCUGACCUCCGACAGCCACCUGUUAGUGGGAGCAGAAGCUCUUGUCCCCUCUGGUCCAAGCAGAUGGCCAAGCCGGAGAUGAACGGAGCCCCUGGUUUGCCAUUGUGUGGGGAGCUGGGCUGGGAUUCUGUCCCUGGAGAGCAGCGUGGGGUGGGGCAGACCCAGAAUCCAUGAUUCCUUCACCUGUGGCCCUACAAACUCCACAGCCCAGGGCCCCUCUCCUCCCUCAGCCCCUCUCCUCUCUCACCCCCUCCCCAUUUUAAGGAUCUGCGAAUUCAGUGUGGGCCUGGGGCCUGCUGCGUUGCUUGGUGCUCAGUGUGUCUGCCCUUCCUCAGCGCAGAAAGCGGUGAGCGCUGUGGGGAAAGAGCCCGCUGAUUGACUCUCCCCCACCACCACCACACACACCCCCCACGCCAAGAUCAGAUUUGCCCUGCCCCUCCUGCCUGUCCAUAGCAGGAGAGGCUGCUGGGAGUGGAAGGAGAGAAUUGGCAAGAUUAGCCUCCGUGCCCCCAGCCGGGUGCCCGCGCCCCAUUGCCCUGCUCGGCGGCUUCUCGCCAUGCUGAGCCAUGGGGCCCGUGGUGCUUUGUGCUGGUACAGAUCCCCGCCUAGGCAGGCUCCUCUGAGCUCCUGGGUGGGUGAGUGGGGCGGCUCGUGGGAGCCCAGCGGCGCUCGCAGCAAGGCUCCGGCAUGUUUAUCUCUGGCACGCUCUGAACCGGGAGGGCUGGGAUUAGUCAGGGGAACCAGGAGCUUAAACUGCCAUAAAAACAGUGUUUAAAAAACUCUCUGCUGUUUCAUAACUGCGCGCUGCAGAUAACCCACUUUCUGAGAGGGGAAAUUGCCUGACCCGCCCAGCUCCCCCGGCCACAGCUUGUUACUGGGGAGACACAGGGGCAGUGGGGAGGACUCACACCACAGCCUGGGACCUCUAGAAACCUGGUUCCAGUUCUGACUCAGUUUCCAGCCAGCAGCUAUUCUCAGUCAGCCGCAGUCACAGUUUGCCAUCUCUGCUCCCAAGAGGCUCGGGAAUGGGGGGCGGGGGGGUGAGGACUUAGGGGCACCUGCAGAGCAGUGGGGCUGAGUGUGGGGCUGGAAUGGGGUGGGGGUUGGGGGUGUCUGCAGAGCAGUGGGGCUGAGUGCGGGGCUGGAAUGGGAGGGUCUGCAGGGCUGAGUGCGGUGCUGGAAUGGGGGGGGUUGGGGGCGUCUGCAGAGCAGUGGGGCUGAGUGCGGGGCUGGAAUGGGAGGGUCUGCAGGGCUGAGUGUGGGGCUGGAAUGGGGGGGGGACUAUGGGUCAGGAUUGGUCUGCUGAAGGAAUCUUUACCGGCCCAGCAAUGUCAGUUUGGAGUGUGAAAACCCCACCCUCCGAGCCCCCGGAGCCGUGCUAGCAAAAGCCCCAGGCUAGGCACGGCCAAACCAACCAAAAAGCCCCCUUGCCGAGGUCUGUUCCGUGUGGGGAGCCGGGUUAAGCUAGACUGACAGAAGCACUCCCACGAGGGGGGGUUGCCUGUAGAGAUCAUCUGCUCUGGCAAACCCGUCCUGGUGUGGACCAGACCCCCUGAGCUGCAGCUGCCGGGCUGCACUAGACUGGGGUGAGGGUCGGGGGUGGAGGGGCGGCAGGGCAGGACUGAGGUGCCUGCGUGAUGGAGAAUCUUUAGCCAGUGCUGCCCAGAGCCCCAGGCCACUCAGUGAGAAGGGAAGGGUCUCCCCUGGGAAGGCGUUAACCUGCCCACUGGGGAUCAGCACCCCAAGCCCACUAGCCCCCUGAGGUAACUACCAAGCUUCACUUGACCCCAGGGCCUGCGGAUCCCCCUCCCUGCCUCAGAGUGCCAGGCUGCAGACUUGGGCCUCCCCAUGGGGCUGACGGUGAUUGUGAUGCCCCUUGCCACCCUCUGCUGGCUUCCACCCCAGCCCCAAGUACUGCCCGUAAACGAGAGGCCGUUCUUAUCUGGCUGGCCACUUUGACGGGAGGGCUCGAUGCGCUGCCCCGAGGGCCGCUAACCCAGCCGCUAAAUAAAUGCUGGGUCGAUCCCACCCAGAUGCCUUUUAAUGGGCCCAUCCUGCCAUCCUUCAAGCUGGCAAAACUCCCAUCAGCCUCUGGGCUUUUGUUGAUCUCUGGCCCAGGGCGUUUCCUGUUUGGGGGCUUAGGCUCCCAGCCCGCUGCCCACGCGCUGCUCACACCACAGAUCCUGGCUGCCUUAUGGGUGUGAUCGACACCAGCAGGCCGAGGUCUCGUGCCGGCCCGCCCCGGGGGUUGAAUCUACCCUCUGCUGCCCCAGCACAGAGCACGGGCGGGUUCCCUGCCAAAAGCCAUCAACGCGCAAGGUCGCUGAGCUGCUCAGACCUCCUCUUAAAAGGCUUUUUUCCCAGGGACUUAAUGCUCCCUGACAGCUUUUGAGCGGGACCCUAACCUUAGCCAGGAUGCACUGCCCCUGGCAUCUGUUAGCAGCAGCUGGCCCAGAAAGCCUCUCUCACAAUCCUCAGAGCCUAUUUUUAGACAGCCUGAAGGUUUUCGGGUUCUGUUACUGCUUGGCGGCAGCAAGGGGUCAGAGGGGCAUUUCCCGGAGUUAGCAUGAAUGGGGUGGGAAGGACCAGCAACCGCAGUCUGGGAUCGAUGAGCACAAGGGGCUUGAGCUCCUUUCCAUGGGAUUGCAUAAGCUGACCCCUUGGCUGCCGGCUCGCCGGGGGAGUCAGGCUGCCGGGUUCUCUGCCGAGUAAAUAUCACUAGUUGCCUCACCUGGAAUUUUCAAGCGUCUGCUGAUAGUAGGUGCCUCUGUUUUUGGUAUCCAGGUUGAGGCCCCCUCCAGCCUGCUACUUUAGAGGGGCUGAGCCCCCCCAGCUCAGUGGAUGGGGUGGGUGUUCAGCACCUUUAAAAAUGCCUCACGCUGGGCACCCAGAACCAGAGGGCCCUUGUGAAUGUGUGGCCCUUUGCUGCCCGGUGCCUCCCUUUCCCCCGUUGUGAAACUGGGCCAGUGCUGUCGACCUUUGUGAGGUGCCCUGAGAUCUCGUUGUGCAAAGCACCCGCUGAGGGCCAAGCCGUCUGGAGUCCUUGGGCCGUGUCGUUGUUGAACCGGCCGCUGUCCGCUGGGGGGACUAGGCCCUAGGCACCAGGACGGCAGCAGUCAAGUCGUCAGUGAGUUGCGUCUGUUCCCCUCUGGAACAGGCCUCCCUCCGAGUGGGUGGAUGCUCUCAGCCUUUGGCAAAGCCUGUCCCUUGAUUUUGAUUCCUCUGAGUGAAAAGCCCAAGUGAGGAGAGGAUGGGGGAGGAGAAGUCACCCAGCAGAGUGCGUGGGGAUGAGCCAGCCAGGCUGCAUUGGUGUGGCCCGCGCAAGUCGGUCCGAGCGCCCCCUUCCCGAGCGGGGCUGGAUAAGCUGGAGUAUUGGAAUCGAUUGCUGUGUGCUGCAAACGGCUGCUCCACCCGGCUGCCACCUGACACCCACACCCCGUGUCCUGGCUGGGGUCUCUUUGAGAGGAACACUUUGGUGUUUUAUCUGUGACAGCCACUCAAUAAACAGAUGAUUGGCCGUG